AUGGAUCACAGCACGGAGAACACGAUGCCGCCGCCCAAGAUUCUGCUGGACAAGUACGAAAAGCUGGGCAAGAUCGGGGAGGGAUCGUACGGGGUGGUGUUCAAGUGCAGGAACAGAGAAACCAAUCAGAUCGUGGCGAUCAAGAAGUUCGUCGAGACUGACGAUGACCCCUCGAUCAAGAAGAUCGCCUUGAGGGAGAUCAGGAUGCUCAAGGUGAGACAUUACGUUACCUUAAAUGUACUGUAAACGGGUGAUCAGCGUUUCGUAAAGUUCAAACAACCAUUUGUCGUUUGUGACAUUCCUAACGUAGAGUGUUUCAUGGUAAACAUUGCUUUAGGCACUCAAGCAUCCAAACCUGGUGAAUCUGAUAGAAGUCUUCAAACGCAACAAGAAACUACACUUGGUAUUCGAGCAUUGUGAACGUACCGUACUGGACGACUUGGAAAAGUACCCAAAAGGGUGAGUACAACAUACAUAAUUUAAGUCAAGUUAUCUUUUACAAAAGAUGAUGUAUAAUAUUUUCAAAAUUGUAAUCAUAAAAGUGUCUUUCAAUAAUGUUCAAGAGCGCAUCAGUAAUUUAAUUAUCUUUAAUUUCAGAUGCCCAGAAUCGCUGACCAAAAAGAUACUGUACCAACUACUACAAGCGCUAAACUUUUGUCAUAGCAGGAACUGUAUACACAGAGAUGUGAAGCCCGAGAACAUCCUGGUUACCUACAACGAUGUGGUCAAGUUGGGAGACUUCGGGUUCGCCAGAAUUAUGAGUAAGUCACAGUUAAGGCUUUCAAAGCAAAUUCAUGUGAAAGAUACGGUGUGUGGUGGUAAGAGAGUAAUAUCUUAUUCAGUAGGAACAGGAUAUACAAUAACAUGACAUCUAGACAACCGUUUCUGAAGACUUGUUUUAGACACAAACGAACUGUACACAGACUAUGUGGCCACACGAUGGUACAGAAGUCCGGAGCUACUGGUCGGCGACAUGCAUUAUGGCCCAGCUGUUGAUAUCUGGGCCAUAGGAUGUGUGUUCGCAGAAAUGUUAACCGGAGACCCGUUGUGGCCAGGGAGGACAGACGUGGACCAGCUCUAUCUCAUCAAACAAACUGUCGGUAUGUUAUAUUAUCCGGAACAUCCAAUAAUAUUAUCAUAAGCUUGGGUAUACUGUUAAGCCACAAACUUUUUGCAGAUUCUGUUUAGGCUUUACCAUGCCUAUUUAUACUACAGUAACUAAUCGAUUUGUAUUUAAAUUGUGUGUUUUAGGUGACAUUUUCCAAAAACACGUCCAAGUGUUCCGCCAGAAUCAGUACUUUAGAGGAAUGAGUAUACCCGAGCCUGACGAAUUGUUGGAAUUACAGCAGAAAGUGCCCCAGGCAACCUCGGUGGACAUCGACUUUCUACAGGUAAUCAUUUCUCAGAUCAACAAACCAUAUUAUACAUGACAGCAGUACAGUUUGUGACUGUUCAUGAAACACAAAUACUUAUACUUAACACGUUAACGUUCCAGAGAUGUUUCGACCCCAACCCGGACCUCCGAUGGUCGUGUUCGGAGCUUUUGAAGCACGACUACUUCAAGGGCUAUGUCUUCAAAUACCCUGAGGAUACGACGACGCCGAUUCGAAAAUUGUCGCCUCAUCUUCCGCAGCUCGAUAAUGGCGACAGAAAACGGAACGGACUUCAAAAUCAGUACAAAAGUAUUGAACACGGCAACUACCUCCCCUCCAUCUCGUAA